AUUUACCUUCCCUUGAAUACAACGAGGUCUGCCAACUACCAACAUCACCAUUAGCAACAUAUCAACAACCAACAAUGCAACACUCCUCCUACACAUCAUGCUUUUUAUAUGCUUCCCUGUUUAUCUCUUUUCCUAUAACCUGAUCUUAUGUACAUAUGCGUUGAUCGCACCACUUUGAGCUAUUUACGCAAACAAAACUCCUCCCACUUUACAUUGCCCUACUCUCAUUCUAUCUAUACCUAUGUGUGAAUAUUCUUACCGCCCUUUGUUCUGAUUAUGUGGCUGGCCAGAGGUCAAUUAAUACUUUCUUGCCCUAUUUCGUUUACUAGCCCCAUCGCUAACCCCACUUCUCGCUCGUUGCUAUCAUUUAUGACUCUCGAUCAUCUUAUGGGGCAUCAGCGUCCACUUCUUUUAUCCUGCCAGCUAUUAUAUCUUUCCUGUAAUAUAUAUUUUUCUCUGUUUCUUUCAGUCUCCACUCCCCACCCCCACCUUUCCUUAUCUCCUUCUAUAUCGUAUAUGUAUUAUCAUCAUUAUCAUCAUCAUUAUCAUCAUCGUUUUCAUCGUUUCAUUUUUUCCUUUUGCCGGGAUGAACCAAAACCUACAUCUGAGCAUGACAUUUCCUACUGUUCCCCUUACUAAACCCCGGGAUCAGACAAUAAAUCACAUUUAUUUGUUCUUAAGUUUUUUGACUUAUA